AUUUUUUUUUCCCUCCCCAAACUUAUUUUCCUGCAGACCCAGUCGCAGUAGAAAUAUUUCGCUCGAGGGCCUGCACAAAACUAUCCCAUCUUUCCCAUCUCCUCUCCAUCUCUUCUCCUUUACUUCUUAUCUCCACUCACUCACUUCCUUCUAUCUUCAAAGAUCAAGCAAUCUUUGAAAAGUCGGCAAGAUGUCUGAACAACAGAAGGUCUUGGGCAUGCCGCCCUUCUUGGCCGACUUCUUGAUGGGUGGUGUCUCCGCCGCCGUCUCGAAGACCGCCGCCGCUCCCAUUGAGCGUGUCAAGCUUCUUAUCCAGAACCAGGAUGAGAUGUUGAAGUCUGGUCGUCUCGACCGCAAGUAUGCCGGCAUCGGUGACUGCUUCAAGCGAACCACAGCCGACGAGGGUCUCCUAUCGCUAUGGCGUGGUAACACUGCCAACGUCAUCCGAUACUUCCCUACCCAGGCCCUGAACUUCGCUUUCCGUGACAAGUUCAAGAAGAUGUUCGGUUUCAAGAAGGAGCGUGAUGGAUACGCCUGGUGGAUGGCCGGUAACUUGGCCUCUGGUGGUGCUGCUGGUGCCACCUCCCUCCUCUUCGUCUACUCCCUCGACUACGCCCGUACGCGUCUCGCCAACGAUGCGAAGAACGCCAAGAAGGGUGGUGACCGUCAAUUCAACGGUCUCAUCGACGUCUACCGCAAGACCCUUGCCAGUGACGGUAUCCCCGGUUUAUACCGUGGUUUCAUGCCCUCCGUCGCCGGUAUCGUCGUCUACCGUGGUCUAUACUUCGGUCUGUACGACUCCAUCAAGCCCGUUGUCCUCGUCGGACCCCUGGCAAACAACUUCUUGGCUUCUUUCGCUCUCGGUUGGUGUGUCACCACUGCUGCUGGUAUCGCCUCUUACCCUCUCGACACUAUCCGACGUCGUAUGAUGAUGACUUCUGGUGAGGCCGUCAAGUACAACGGUACUCUUGAUGCUGCCCGCCAGAUCGUCGCCAAGGAGGGUAUCAAGUCUCUCUUCAAGGGUGCUGGUGCCAACAUUCUCCGUGGUGUUGCCGGUGCUGGUGUGCUCUCGAUCUACGACCAGCUCCAGGUCAUCCUCUUCGGAAAGGCCUUCAAGGGCGGUUCCGGUUAAAUAACCCUCAUGAUACCUUGAUAGACGGGGGAGGCGUGAAGGUGUAAUUCAGUGGAGGGGCGAUAGGGCCGUCGAUAAAAAGGAGCGUGAAGGAUGCUCCGGUGGAAAGUUGUUGCAGGGCAUCACCCAUUGCCGUGGCGUUCUGGAAUAGCUUGAUUUUGCGGAUGGGGCUAGCAGACUAGGCAUAUCCACGCCUCGUACGUCUCGUCAGCUAGUUGUCCGCUGUAAUUUAGAUCCUAGGCAAUUCCCUUGACUGUAUUCUUUCUGCUUUGCAUCCUACAUCUCCGCUUGUCUCGACGCAUGAAACGGCCUGAUUCCCUUUGGUGGCAUACGACUCAUAGAUUUCAGAAUGUAUGUGAUUUUGACCUAAUGACUACAUCUGCCAUAAUGUGAAUGCAUUGUCUUUUGUGCUUUCCUGUCC